ACCCAAAACCGUUGAAAUCAAAAUCCCAAAUUCUCAGUCCUUAAACCCUAAAGCUCAGUGCUUUUUUGCUUCAACGAAGAAGAAGAUGGAGACCCGAAGCUUAUUGGACGAAGCUUUAGGGCUUCAACACCUCACUGGCCGCGUCCUCCUCCUCGAAGACUGCGUCGAGACCAGUGCUGCUUUCGUCCUCCACCACCUGCUUAAGCGCUCUCUCUCUCAGCCUCUUCACUCCUCCAACGUCGUCGUUUUCGUCGCCUUCGCCCAACCCUUCUCUCACUACGAUCGAAUCCUCCGAAAGCUCGGCUGCAAUUUAGUUGCGCAUAGGAACGAUAAUAAAUUCAUUUUCUUUGAUAUGCUUAGGGAUUUUUGCCCAGAUGGAGAUAAUGGGAAAGGCAGUGAUGGUGGACUGGUUUCUUUGUAUGGGAAAAUCCUGAAGACUAUAAGUGCCUUGCCUCAAGAAAACAAGAACUGCGUUACUGUUAUGAUAGACGAUGUAUCGUUAAUGGAGGUGGCUGCUAAGGGAUCUACAAAUCUUGUCUUAGAUUUUCUGCAUUAUUGCCACACUUUGAUAUCAGAAUUUGGAUGUUCCUUAGUCAUGCUUAAUCACGAGGACAUCUAUUCAGGCAUGGGGAGGCCUACGCUGAUUUUACAGAUGGAAUACCUGGCAGAUAUUCUGAUAAAGGUGGAACCUUUGGCCACUGGUUUGGCCUCAGAUGUGCAUGGACAGUUGACAGUUGUGAACAGGAGCAUUGAUGAUGGGGAGAGAUCAAGAAACAAACUGUGUAAUUUCCAUUUCAAGGUCAAGGAAAACAAUGUAGAGUAUUUCUAUCCUGGAAGCAGGACUUGAUGAGGACCAUGAAUACGUGAGGAUUCUCAAAUUGUGGAUGCAUCUAUCGGAGCUCCCAAACCCCCAGACCACAUGCUUGUUUGAUGAGCUUACUUGGGGAUAUAAUGUUGUAUUUUCCUUAUCCAACCUCAGCGGAUGUUAUUGUUACCAAUUCAUUUUAGAGGGUUUCUAAUCACACUCAAAAUUCAACAUUACUCAGAGAAUCAGAGUAAUUCUAGUUAAUUUAGAAACUGACAUCAUCUUUGUUCUCUCUUCCAUCUCCCUACAAUGUGCCUACGGAUAAGAAUGUCCAAGUAAACUGAUAGAAACUUUGUGAGUAGUGAAUGUCAUUAGAUGUUAUAUUUUAUUUGUCA